GACACAAGUAAUCAGAUUGAAAAAUCAGGGCGGAGGGGGGAGACAGAGGCCAAAGGGAAAGUGUAGAGGACAGGUUUGUUAAACAUCAGUGAAUCAACAGCAGACAAAGAAGGAGAAAAGAGAAAGUGCCCAGUAAUUAACUCCCAGUACAUCUGGAUUAUUGAGGAGAUGCCACGGUCGUUCCUGGUGAAGAGUAAGAAGACUCACACGUACCAGCAACACCGCUACGUGGAGGACAAAUGUUCCGUGGAUGAUCUUGUUACAAGUUUAUGCCAUGCUCCGUGUUCUGAGCCUCCGGCAGAAAUUUAUCCAUUCUGCUCUACACUUGAAGAACAUAUACCAGAAAACUUACUUAAGCAUGAGCCAUGUGUUGAUCAAAAUGAUGAAAAAGUCAUGUUCUUGAGCAGAAUGCACUCCACACCUUCAGUUGAAGGUAUUACCCUGUCUCCUAUCCCAAUAAAAGCCUACAACACACCAUCUCAUCUAUCCGCCUUCUACAAACAACAUUUUUCAUGGAACAACUUGCAUUCUGCUUAUGGUUUUAAACACAUGCCAUCCCAUUUGCACACAUCCCUCUUGCAGCACUCAAUAAGCAUGUAUAGCAGUCCCCCCACACCUGAUGCAGAAUCCGAACACCCCAUCAAUUAUAGCCUUGGGUACUCACCAACCAUGGACACCUACCACUGUGUCAAGUGUAACAAGGUCUUCUCCACAUCCCAUGGGCUAGAGGUCCACGUUCGGAGAUCUCACAGUGGCACUCGGCCAUUUGUCUGUGACAUUUGUGGGAAAUCCUUCGGACAUGCUGUCAGUCUUGAGCAACAUCAGAACGUUCACUCACAGGAGCGCAGUUUUGAGUGUAAGAUGUGUGGAAAAACAUUUAAACGAUCUUCUACGCUAUCCACCCAUCUCCUCAUCCAUUCAGACACCAGGCCCUACCCUUGCCAGUUCUGUGGCAAACGUUUUCACCAGAAGUCGGACAUGAAGAAGCAUACCUACAUUCACACAGGCGAGAAACCUCACAAGUGCCAGGUUUGUGGAAAAGCCUUCAGCCAGAGCUCCAAUCUCAUCACGCACAGCCGCAAGCACACAGGCUUCAAACCCUUUACCUGUGAUCGCUGCGGGAAAGGUUUUCAGCGAAAAGUGGAUCUGCGCAGACACAAAGAGAAUCAGCACGGAAUUAAAUGAGUUCAAAUUUCCUUCGGAUUUGCCAAAUCUGUUCUGUUUAACAUUUAACAAGUUAACAUUCCAAAAAGACAAAAUGUUCCAUUUUGGGCCAUAGGAGUGGCCGUUUUUAUUCAGACUGUCACCUAAACGUCUAUACGUGGCACAAUUUAGCCACGUCUGUGUUCAGCUUCUUGAACACUGAACAGUAAAGAGAUUUGUAUGCUCUUGUCAUCUUCUUUACCAUCCUAUAAUCCUUCCAAUAUGUACAUAAACAUGUAUCUCACUAUGGCGGGUUUGGUAUAUAUAAAAGUUAUAGUUACACUAUUUCCAACACUUCCAACAACACUAUUAUAUAGAAAAUGUCAUAUAUUUGGCACUGCAUGUAGAACAGUACUUAUAAAGUUCUCUGGUUACCUGUAAGUGUUUUUAUUUUUAAAAAAAUUGUUAAAUUACAUAUAGGAUAGAAUUGUGAACAAAAUCUUAUCCCUGGAAAAUGUGUACUAUUUUACAGUUGCUAACACUGCUGUAUUUAGCAUUGCUGUGUUCUCUUUUCAACUUCUGUCAAUCUCUCUUUCUGGAGUCACAUCACCGAUGUUUUGUCACACUAUCUUUCAAGCUCAAAAUCCUGCAAGAUUGAAGCUGGACCUUCCUGUGAAUGAAUGCUGUACCUUCCACAAGUUGUAAAAAUGUUAAUCUCCUUACUGCCAAGUGCUUUUCAUUAAA